GCGGCGCGCCAGAGAGACAAGGGGGGGAAAGAAAGAGAGAAAGAAAGAAAGCGAAGGAGGCGGGGGGGCCAGAAGAAGGGGGCCCUAAUGAAUUCAACCUUUGCCGUGUUGGCGCCAACACGACCGCUUGCUUAGAAAAUAAAAGCUUUUUCCUGAUAUUUUGGUCGGGUUUUGGUGACCGGCCGUUGCUUUUCUCUCAAACCUCCAUCGCUCGGCGUCGUUUCUAGCUAGCUUCGUUAGCACGUUAUCUAUCAGUGUCACAUUAACCUGCUCCCCCCUCUUUUUUUCUUUUUCUUUUUUUUUUUUUAAUUUUUCCUCCGGUCGGAGUCACGGUACUAAUAAUAAACCGAGCAGCACCGGGACAAUAGAGGAGUAUUUCACUGGCAGAGAGCGACAAGACAAAAAAAAUGGGGAGGAAAUCCAACAAAGCGAAGGAGAAGAAGGCCCGGCGUCUGGAGGAGAGGGCAGCGAUGGACGCUGUGUGUGCAAAGGUGGACGCAGCCAAUAAGCUUGACGACCCUCUGGCUGCCUUCCCCGCCUUCAAAAAGUACGACAGAAAUGGGUUGAACCUGCAGAUAGAGUGCAAGAGAGUGACCUCCCUCAACCCGCUGGCCGUGGAGUGGGCCUUCGAACUCACCAGAGCCAACAUGCAGACACUAUACGAGCAGAGCGAGUGGGGGUGGAAGGAGAGGGAAAAGCGAGAGGAGAUGAACGACGAGAGGGCGUGGUACCUGCUGGCCCGCGACGCCGACUCCACCCCCCUGGCCUUCUCCCACUUCCGGUUUGACGUGGAGUGCGGGGAGGAGGUUUUAUACUGCUACGAGGUGCAGCUGGAGAGCAAAGUGAGGAGGAAAGGACUCGGCAAGUUUCUCAUCCAGAUCCUGCAGCUCAUCGCUAACAGCACACAGAUGAAGAAAGUGAUGUUGACGGUCUUCAAACACAACCACGGAGCUUACCAGUUCUUCAGAGAAGCUCUACAGUUCGAGAUCGACGAGACCUCGCCGAGCAUGUCGGGCUGCUGCGGCGACGACUGCUCCUACGAGAUCCUCAGCAGGCGGACCAAACACGGCGAGGCCUCGGCGGGCCACACCCACGGCGGCGGCCACUGUGGCGGCUGCUGCCACUAAUCCCUCCACCCCCCACCCCCACCCCACCCCGCUCUCGGUUAAAAGCCGGCAACUUUCAGAAGCUGUGUGUGUGGAAAUGACGGAGCGUUUUUGGGCUUGAACGGCCUCGGAGAGCCGCGGGAAACGAUUUCCUGGCUCGAGGUGCUUUCUUUCUUUUUUUUUUUUUUUUCAGGAUUGUGUUUUGUGCGUGUUUUGUUCAGUGCUGCAACGACAUCAAGCAGCUUUUUCCCCUUCUCCAACUUAUUGACCUGCACCCAGUUUCUCCACCUCCAUCCACUCGUUCCUCUUAGUUCUUCUCAGUCAGACGUCAAGGCGACUCCUCCGUCUCCUCGUCGUGCCGCGGAGUGACGACAUACUUUCAUUCCUGAACUGUGGCUCAAGACCCAUUACUGGUGCUGGUGUCUGAAGAGCUCUUUUUUUAAAUAAAGCUGUAGUCAGCUGUAAAGCUUUAAAUCAUGCCCUGACUCACGACGGUAGGCGUAGAAUCUGAACGAGGGUAGGAUUGGACCGGUUUCAGCUUCUAGAUUUUUCUCUUUGCGUUAUGGACACAAGUCACAGGAUUGCUUUCAUCAGUGUCUUUAGUUAUGGACCUGGAAAAAAAAACAACCAGAUCAUUCCCUGUUUUUAUAGUCGCAUAGAAGCUGCUUUAGCCCUUUAUUUUUUUUUUCUUGUAGUGCCGUUUUUAAUCCAGAAAGUAGCUUUGCUAGUUCCUUUCCUCUCUUUUAAUGCUUUCCGAUACUCGUCCACUGAAGCCAAGCGGUCGCGCUCUUCUCUUUAGUCACCCAAGAAGAAGACCUCAGUCCCGCUCGCCUCGUUUCUCAGAGGUCCAGAUAUCAGUGUUGGCGCCACACGCACUCACCGUGAGCACGAGAUGUUUUUUUGCGUUCUUUUUGCCAGGGUGGAUCGAUUAUACAACGUUAAACCGCGAUGGCUUUUAAGAACAAGAAAGGGGUGCAGGGCGUGACGGCUAAUCCGCCCAGAGAGCAACUUUAACUAGAUACUCGCCUACAAUCUGCGCCUCAGUCGCCUGCUUUGUUUAGGGAAUUAGCGAAGCUCCUGGGAUGAUAACUCUGGUUGUUUUUCUACAGCUGCUCAUGUUAUCAGAACUAGUGGGUAGUUUAAAUCCUAAGUAAUUAGGGAUGACUUGAAACAUUUCAGCAGGUUUGAGGACUGUUGUCUUUCCAGAAGCUUUAUGCUGGUGCUGCUUUAACCCCGCCUACCCAGGUUUAGUCGCGUGUUUCUGGUCAUUGUUGUGUUGGAACACCUUCUUUUUCCCCUGAGUUUGCACCAUCUAGCUGUUGGUUUGGGUUUAAGUAAAAAAAAAAAAAAAAAAGUAGAUUGUCCUCCUUUAUUGUUCCAUCUAUUGUUCCAUGUUUGGCAAAUAGCCCUUAUCCCAGGAUUACACCAGGAGCUCGCUGGCGGCUAGACGAAGCGUGUGGUCGAGGUGCAGCUUGCUGCAGGGUGGCGUCUAACCAAUGCGUAUUAAACGUGCACGUAAAUAGUUAGUCAGUAUUUAUAAAUUUAAACUUGUGCAUCAAAUACUUGAAAAUCAUUUGCUGUAUAAUCAAUCCACCCUGGAAGAAAGUAACUGCUGAAAUAAAUCACUAAAGAGGCCACGAUUAACGUGACGUUUAUAUUCACGAUGAGUGAAUGCUGAGCUGAUCUAUUGCUACCUUUAAAAAAAAAAAAAAACUCCCCUUAUGUUUUUUUUUUUUUUUUUUUUUUUUGAGCAAAUCAUAUUGAUUUUACCAAUAUCACCUUCAGAAGAUUAAUAACGGUUUUGUACAUGAAAGCUAAGCGUCAUUCCUUCUCUGUACCUCAGUGUUACAUUUUUUUUUUCAAGGUAUUAGUUUUCUUGCAUGAAAAGAAAGGAAAAUUUAAGUAAAAUUUAAAUAAAAUGUGGGUCUGACAACAGCUCAGAUUUUUGUUUUGCAAUGUUUUUUAUUAACCAGCAGAAAUAUGCCAAACCUGCAGCUGCAUGAAAUUUUAAAGUUAAUUUAGCCGUGCAGUAAACGUCAAGCAAAGUUAUUCUGCACAUCUGCGUAAUAUUGUCGCUGCAUAAAUUUGUUUUAGGGUAUUUUAUUUUUGCUUUUCCCCCCUACGGUAGCUCUUUAGUUUUACGUCUAGUCCUACAUUUGCGUGCACCAGGGGUUGAAUAAAGGAAAUGAGGAUUUCUCCCUCCAGCAUCACAAUAAGGGCCUUAAGUUGGUACGUUUUAAGUGUUUUUUUUCGCUGUUUGUUUCAAGAGGCUCCAUCAAGUUUUGGUUUUGACGGCUGUUGUAAAAAUGUGAACCUGGAGGCUGAAAUGUGAAACAGGUCAGAGACGAUAUCGUAAAAAAAAA